CCAGCUGCAGACACAAAGCAGAGAGGACAGACAGGUAAAAAGACGAGAGAAGAGAGGACGAGCAUCAGAUGUCAUCAUGGGCUGCAACAUGUGUGUGGUCAAACGUCCGGAGGAGCAAUACAGGAUUAUGUUCCAGCAGAAGGGUUGGAACAACUCCCUGCGACCGAUGGACAAACACGAAAACAUCAAGGUCAGAGGAAGAAGAUCCUCUCAGCUCCUACUGGACAGAUCACAAAACUCCCAGGAGUCUUUGCAGCAACCCGGCUCUGUCCGCAAGAGUCACAAGAGGAAAGGUAUGUUAGUGUGCAGUGGUGACGGGACCGGCAGCACCUCCAUCUCCUCUGUUGCCAUGGUGGCCAUCCCAGACUGCAUCGACAACGCUACGCAGACAGACAUCAGCUUCCAGAACAUCGUGCCGCUGGGGAGGAGCAGAGGCCACCACCAUGGCCGAGGAGGUACCUCCUCCCCUCCACCACCUCCCCCCUCUCCUCCCCUCCCUCACCUCGUGGGAUCGUACGGGACCAGUGAGCUCUGUAUGUUUGAGUACAAUGACCCCAACGACUACUUCGAUGUCUCGCAUCACGAGGUCGACAGGCAGGAUGACCUGGAGUAUGAGGAGGUGGAGCUGUACAAGUCCAGCCAGCAGGAGAAGUUGGGACUGACCGUCUGCUACAGGACGGAUGAUGAACAGGAUCUGGGGAUUUAUGUUGGAGAGGUCAACCCAAACAGCAUAGCAGCCAAGAAUGGACGCAUCAGAGAGGGCGACCGAAUACUACAGAUUAACGGAGUUGAUAUUCAGAACCGUGAGGAAGCAGUGGCCAUUUUGACCAGAGAGGACAGCAUCAACUUCUCCCUGUUGCUGGCCAGGCCUGAAAUAGAGAACGACAUCCCUGCUGAUCCAGAGGAGGACAUGGAGCUGACACUGGAGGAAGGAGGCUUCUGCUCAAACCCCCGAGCCUCUACCUGCUCCCUCAGCUCCCCUCACCUUUCUGGCUACUACCGACUGCGUUGGGGAGGAGGAGGCAGAGAAGGUGCAGGGGGUGACGUAGAAGAGGACGAGGAUGGAGAACAAGGAGGGAAGGGGGACAGAAACCCACCCGUCCCCCUCCCUCCUCUGCUGAGCCUCGCUCCACUGUUGUCCAACAGCCAGGAGCUGGACAGCGGAGUGGGCCGGACCGACGACAGCACCCGGUGCGAGGAGUCGUCAGAACACGACCUACUGGGUGAUCAGACUAGCGCCUGUAACACCAACACCACCAACACACCAGGAAGCACCAGGAAGUUCAGACCAGGACCCAGCCCCAGGUCCAGUCCCAGACCGAGCCCCGGCCUCGGCCCAAGUCCCAGGCCGAGCCCCAGCCCUGGCCAAGGACGAGGAGACACCACUCCUCCUUUCCUCCACCUGCGAGAUCUCCAGCUCAGCUCAGACUCGCUCCCUGGCCUGGACUGGGGAGGAGCAGGAGCAACGUAUAGCCCCCACCACCACCACCACCAUCACAAGCACUACCAUCACCAUCACCACCAGCCCCAUCUGACAAUGAUGAUGAUGCCAGGCCUGACGGAGGAAGAGUGCCAGCGAUACCAGGAGCUGCUGGAGAUAAAGUGCCAGUAUGAAAAGCAGCAGAGAGAGGCAGUGAAAACUGACUGUGAAUGCACCAAAGCAGAAGAGCCAGACCAAGAUGAGAGAAAAGAGCCAGAAAAAGAAGAAGCAGCUGCUUCUUCUGUGGUGGUGGACUUGAACUGCAAUGAGACUUUAAGUGAGCAUGAGAUGGCGCUCAUUGAGGAGGAGUUGCGGCACCUGGAGUUUAAGUGCCGCAACAUUCUCCGUGCCCAAAAGAUGCAGCAGCUCAGAGAGAGAUGUCUGAAAGCCUGGAUGAUGGAGGAGGAGGCCGUGGCAGCUGGAGCAGGUAUGGGUGAUGACGAUGAGGACAAUGAUGACCCUCACCAUCACGAGCUGUCCGCCAUCAACGAGCUCCCGGAGCGAGAACGAUCGGACGACAAAGACAGCACCAGUGCCUACAACACAGGAGGGGAGAGCUGCCGGAGCACACCAUUGGUCAGCACUGAGCAGAUCCCACCUCUCCACAAAGAGGAGGAGGAAGGAGACAGACAACGGGUGUCUUCGCCUCCUCUCCUCCCAAUCAGUCGCCUUCCACCUUUGCACUCCCCCCUCUCCCCACGGCGUCACGGGCGAGACCAAGAGAGAUGCCGCCUCAGCUGCUCUUUCUCCCCGAGCACAUACAGGAAGUAUGAAUUGGCCAAUGGCAACAUGGCAGACGGCUCAAGCUCCACCCCCUCCACACCGUCUAAGUUCAGGUCUCUGACCAGAGAGGCAGGGUUGUCUUCAAGAAGGGGUGUGGCCGAUGGAGGGCGGGGCUCCAGAGCAGCUACCGACAGGUCCGGAGGAAGAAGUGCAGAGUCCAGUCCCUACUUCACCAGGAGACACCAGAGCCACAACAGACCAUUAGAACGCUACCAGAGCUGCAUGACACUGCCCUCCGAGGGUCUGGUGGACCCUCUGGACAGGAUGAGAGACAGAGCGAGGGCUGAGGGUGAGGAGAGAGGGAUGGCCACAGGAAGCAGUGCCCCAGCCAGCCCCAGGAGUGUGAACAGUGCCCCCUGUGGUAUGGAGGUCCAUCAUACAGGCACAUCGCGGUUAGGACUGGCCUUACCACUCGGUCUGACACACUCAUCACUGGCUGCUUCACCACAACGCAUGGAGUGGAAGGUGAAGAUUCGGAGCGAUGGAACCCGCUAUGUGGCCAAGCGGCCAGUCAGAGAUCGUCUUCUUAAGGCCAGAGCCAUGAAGAUCAGGGAGGAACGCAGCGGGAUGACGACCGACGAUGACGCAGCCAGCGAGAUGAAGCAGGGCCGAUACUGGAGCAAAGGGGAGCGGAAGCAGCAGCUGCUGAGAGCAAGAGAGUACCGACGAAGAAGAGAGCUGAUGAUGCAGAGCCGCCUAGACUACCUCAGAGGAGACAGAGACCCUGCUUUGACAUCGGGCAUCCCUGAAGACCACCACUCAUCCUCGAGCAUGCAGCUUCACCCCAGACAGGACUCACCCAGCAACAAUGUCCUAUUACUGAGCCAGAAGAAGAUCAUGAAGAAGAGGAACCGCCGCAUCCUUGACAACUGGUUCACCAUCCAGGAGCUGCUGGCUCAUGGCUCCAGAUCGCCAGAUGGAAAGAAAAUCUACAACCCUCUGCUUUCUGUCACCACAGUGUGAUCUGAGGACAGAGAGGAGGAAG